UGCGUUCUGAAACCUUACUCGAGUUAACUCUAGUUAACUCGAGGCGUUCAGAAAUGCCGAGUUGACCCAUUUGUGGCGUUCAGAAACACGCUUGAGUCAACUCUCGAGUUAACUAUUUCUACCCACGUCGAGGAGGUUAAAGUUAUUCACAAGAACCGGCGAACAAAAAGGGAUACGUUUCGUUAAUUGCAAAUUGAGAAAAAUGUCUAAAAACAGACAAGAAAUUGUAUUUGUGACAGAUAAAAAAGGAAAUAAAAUUUUCAACAAGGACGGGUUAGUCCUCGUUCAAAAUACGGCAAACCAAACUUUCAUGUACGUAAAGCUAUUUGAGGGAUUGAUAAACAAACCAUGUAAGGAGCCUUUGAAAGAUCAAAAUUCAACAUUUCUUUCUCCAUCAAACACUCAAGUUCCAAGGAGCCAGGUGCAAUCUACCGUGCAAUGGCAGGGGCAUCACCACAUUGAAGCAGUUGCAACAUCGAGACGAGACGAUUGUGACUCGGGGCCUUCAAAGGAUGCUAACAAAGAAGACGCUACCAACGAUAAAGCGAAUUGGGCUCCCAAUGCCAUUACAGCUCUAAUGGCUGAGUACAAAGAUCACGCCACAAGCUUCCAGAUAAAUACUAAAGGGCAUAUCGAGAUAUGGAAAAAGAUUUCAUCUAAUUUGCACAUGAACGGCUAUUUAUAUACGCAUAAGCAGUGCGAGAACAAAUUUAAGAAUUUAAAAAAACGAUAUCACGCCAAAAUCGACAAUAUGAAAUCUAAGCAAACUGGGGCACCGGCUUUACGAUUUGACUACUUUGAUAUAUUUCAUGAAAUAUUUGGGCAGAAGCCAAAUGUCGAGCCAGUUGCAUUAGCCUCUGCGACAAGAGGAUCAGCGUCGUUGAACAUUCUUAACGCAGUCGAUGAUGAUGACAUAUUUAAAGAUGAUGGUGAUGAAAACGAAGCAUCUACCAAUGACAUAAAAGAGAGAAAACGUCGUGCUGAGGCAACGCCCACGCGAAAUAAAGGAAAAAAAACGAAAUUCGAAAACGCUGUCGACGAGAUGAAGAAGGCAAUAGAGCACAAGUCAACACAGCAAGAUCUCAGGCAAGAGAGAUUAUUGGCUGCUCACAAAGAACAAACUGAUCGCUUGAUUAACUCAAUGGACAAUCUUAUCAAGAAGUUGUAGUACAAUGAUGACUGACUACCAAGACUGACUGGAGUGGCUUUAUAAGUUUCGAUUUAUAAUAAGUGUAGCUAACCUCAAGUCGUAAGAAAUUGACAAAUCACAGUUAUUUUUCUCACAUAUGUCUGUAAUUUGUCAAUUUCUUACGGCUUGAGGCUUACUACAUUUAUUGUAGAUUGAAACUAAUGUAAUGUCACACACCGACGUACUGACCACAGGAGGAGCUCCAAUUGUAACAAGCUCCGCUUCCUUAUGUUCUGUGAUACAGUUGAUAUUUCGGAAUAAGCAAAGAUAAAAGAUAUAGUAUUGAACUAUUUGUUACAUGAAUUUCAGAACUUUAUGUCUUAAGUGAUACAUGAAACACGACACGGAAAAAAUGUUUAACAUGUAAGAUUAAGUGUAUUUUUGUUUCAAGACGUUGUCUUUCAUAUUUUAUGUUUGUUAUGUUAAUUGCAAACUAUGUGAUUGCAAAGUGAUAUUAUCUGCGAUUCAAAACUUUAACAUUAGUUUCAAUUAUGGAAAGUGAUAUUAUAUUGUAUGUUGCACGGAUAUGGUGCAAUAGCUUGAAGUAUUAAGGCUUAGCUAGACAAACUUUCAUAGCUGCAGAACCAUAUGUACAAAAAAAAUAAUCCAAUCGCAUUUUAAGUGCGUCCUCAUGAUAGAAAUCCAAUUGGAUAAAUUUUUUUAUGCAAACGGUUAUGCAGCUAUGCAAGUUUGUCUGGAUAGGCCUUUAGAAUGUCAUUGAGCAAUUUAGUUUUUACCACAGUAGCCUUAAUAAUUCAUUGGUAAUUAUUUUAUACGUUUCCAAAAAUUAGAUUUGUAAUCUUUUUAUAUUAU